GCCCGGUGCUGCCGCCGCCUCCGCGCGCUGCGGCUCGGCUCGGCUCGCCCCGGCACCGCGGGCCCCCGCCAGCCACCAUGUUGCCCCCCGCCCUCAGCCUCCUGCUGCUCCUGGGCUGCCUCGGCGCCAGCAGCGGAAACCUCUCCCGCGACGAGAGCCAGCCCACGACAUCAGAUGAGACGGUGGUGGCUGGUGGUACGGUGGUGCUCAAGUGCCAGGUGGAAGAUCCUGAUGACUCCUCACUGCAGUGGUCCAACCCUGCCCAGCAGACCCUCUACUUUGGGGAGAAACGAGCCCUGCGAGAUAACAGGAUCCAGCUGGAGAAGUCCACACCAAAUGAGCUGACCAUAAGCAUCAGCGAUGUGGUGCUGUCAGAUGAGGGUGAAUACACCUGCUCCAUCUUCACCAUGCCUGUGCGGACUGCUAAGGCCCUCGUCACUGUACUAGGAAUCCCCCAGAAACCCCAAAUCUUUGGCCACGAGCAGCCCAUUGAUGAAGAGAAGAUAGCCCGACUGACCUGUCGGUCCUCUGGCAGCAAGCCUGCAGCCCAGCUCCGGUGGAGGAAGGGCAACAAGGAGCUGAAGGAUGAAGGCACCGAGGUGGUAGAGGACCCCAAUGGGAAGACCUUCACAGUGAGCAGUCGAGUAGAGUUCCGUGUUACCAAGGAGGACAAUGAUGCUGAAGUGACCUGCACUGUGGACCACGAGUCCCUGCAGAACGCAGAGAGGUCGACUACACAGAAGCUGCAGGUCCACUACAAGCCAACAGCAAAGAUCGAGCCACAUCCUCUGUACCCGCGGGAAGGCGAGAAGCUCCGGCUGCAGUGUGAUGGGCAGGGCAACCCCGUCCCCCAGGAGUUCCUGUGGGAGAAGGAAGGCAGCGACACGCCCCUGCAGCUGAGCUCCGACAGCGUCCUCUUCUUCCCCUUCCUCAACAAGAGCGACAGCGGCACCUACGUCUGCACGGCCACGAGCUCCAUGGGCAGCGUCGUGGCCAAGUACAACCUUGACGUCAGUGAUCUUUCCCAGCUCCCCACCCCAUACGUUCACUCCACUCCAGCCCCUCCGCCAGGCCCUUCCCAGCCCAUCACUCAUGCUACCAUGGCCACCGCUUCAUCCUUCACUCCAGCUCCCAUCCAAGAUGCCAGCCCAGUGCCAUCAACCUCCGGUCCGUACCAUGCAGUUAUUGGUGGAGUGGUUGCCGUCAUCGUCUUUCUCCUGCUCAGCCUCCUCAUUGUGUUGGGACACUACCUGAUCAGACACAAAGCAGGUGUAUGCGUAAGACACGGGGAGACGGUCACAUCCAGACAUCGGCAAAAACCAGCAGAGGUGAUGUGUACCUACCUGACCCAUGAGGCCAAGGGGUCAGAUGAUGCCCCAGACGCAGACACGGCCAUCAUCAAUGCAGAGGGCGGCCAAGCCAGCGGUGAUGACAAGAAGGAGUAUUUCAUCUAGGGGCACCGGAGAGGGCGAGAAAUGGAGCCAACAAACCCCAAUGCAAAUGGAAACCAGACCACAAACCCAACUCAACCCAACAGAUUUUCUCUCGCGCCCAGGACGGGCAGACAGACGGACAGAGGGAUGGCGGGACAGAGAGCAGAGAGCGACUGGCCUGAGACAUGAUGCUUCUUCUUGAACUUGUACAAAACGUUACUACUACGAACAGCGAAAGCCCCGGCCCCGUUUGCUUGCUUGCACCUCCAUCCCUGCGACUGGCGCUCGCACUAAACACAGACCAACUAGUGAGUGAGCGACUUUCCUUCUUCCUUUGGACCUUUGCUUUGGUUUCGUGGCUGCUCUUUGCUUUGGGCACUUGGUUGGGAUGUUGGGCUGGGGUCGAUGUAGCUCUUUCCUUUGUUUCUCUCCAUUUUGGUUUCUUUUACAUCCAAGGAUAAAAUCAGCUCCAGGCUCUGGUAUAAGCUCUGGGCACCCGGGUGGCCUCGCUGUCACCAAUGCUUGCCUUGUGCCUCCCACUGAGAGCUGGGACCUGUGUCCCCAUCAUUACCUGCCGGCCUUGGCUGCUGCAUAAUUCCCCAAGCCAAACUCAAGGCACUGCCCGUGGGCUGGGGACAGGGGAGUGCCAUGGGCCCUGGCGCAGCAGACAGGACAGGAUGCUGAUGGGCAAUAUCUGCAUUUGAGGGCUCAGCACAUGUCGCCUUUGGGAGUCUAGCUUGGGGCAAGCGAGGAGGGACCCCGGGACCCUGCACUGAUUUUAUCCUUGGUGGUUCUUGUCAAACAAUGUCCAUUUGGGAGGAGAACUGUCCUCGUGUGAUAGAUGUGUGAAGGGGGGUGAGCUUCCAGGGUGGGAACCGCUGAGGCCCCUGGAGAGAUUGGGAGCUGCUGAGCAACCGAAGCUCCCUGUUCCCACUCCAGUGGGAGGGGGGAGGGCAGGGGCUUUGGGGAAAUUCUGAAGAAAAGCCCUAAAUUACAAAUUCUCAGAUUGGAAAACAUCAAUUAAACCAUCUAUUGAGAUGUUCAGUGCAGGAGGCCACCUGCACCGGGAACACAGGGCAGAGCCAGGAGAUCUAGCAGGCCUGCGGCCGUCAUGACUCCCAUCUUCACUAGGCCCAGCUGUGGGGCCCCAGGAGCCUCUGAAAAGGGUAGUUUAAAUCCCAAGAACGACUGCAGUGGGAGCUGAUGUGGCCCAGUGGCCUGAGGGGAUGUGAGCUGGAAACAACCUGGUCAACACUGCUACCAGCCCAGGGUGAUAUGAGGCCUGGGAUUUCUGUUGGCUGGGAAGAGACGUACCAGGAGAGGCUCCACUGGGGUCUGUUCCUUGGACCUGUCUGCUUCUCUUUCCUUCCUAGCCCCUUUUCAGAGGAGAUACUGAGCAUCGCGCUGUGCUGAGGGGCAUGGGACCCCACAGAGAGACACACGGCUCAGUAUAGCCCAGGACAGAGUUCAGCCAGCCUGCGGAAGAGGGAGGGAUUCAGUUGUAGAUCAGGCUGGCAGGUUGACAUCUGUCCUCACUGUUCAGAGUGCUGGACUCCAUGUCAUAUCUGAGACAUUCCCUCGGGCCUGGUGAGUUCCUGUUCGGAAAAGGCUGUUUUCCUCCUGGCUCCAGGGGCUGCAGCUAACAGCAGUCUAAAUGCCUAGAUUACAUGUUUUAUAGGUUGUGGGUCUUUGAGGAGGCUCGGUGGGAGGCUUGUCCUGCUUCCCACCUUUGUGGGGCCUCCCUGUGGAGAAACCAUAUCUCUUCCAAGUCAGACAAAAGCCAAAAGCUUUUUCUGAUCUCUGCAAUAUGUCCCAGGGGUCCACUUUCCUCACCCCAACCCUACAUCCAUGGGAUGCACAUUGCAGCUGCAUGGGGUUACUUUCCUCAUCCUAACCCUACAUCCAUGGGAUGCACAUUGCAGUUGCAUGGAGUUGUGUGCUCCAACUGUCUGCAGGAUACUCCAUGCCUCCCUGGAGAGCCAGACCAUGCCUCUGGUAUUUGGGAUGAAGUUUUCCCACAUGCCCAGCAGCCCAGCAUUGCUCGGCCUGGAUAUGCAGAGUUUGGAGGAGCUGUCCUUCAGCUGUGUACCCCUUUGAUUUCGGGGUGUUUGGGGAAGAAGAGCCCUUCUGGAAGGAGGCAAAGCCUGCAGUGGCAUGGGUAACUUCACCUGAGAGGUAAAGGAAGAGUCUAUUUCCUGUGUCAUGGAGUACAAGAUGUCUCUCCCACCUGCCAGGGAUUGAUCGUGUCCCUCCUGUCCAGAUCCUGAGAGUAGGGCACAGAUCCAUGUACAUGGCACAGAGAAAAAGGCCCCAGGAAGCCUUCCCAGAGUGCGUAGUGCUAGAAGUAGGGCUGCAAAGCACAGGGCUGGUGCUGGGAAGCUAAAAGCAGUGCCAGGGUGAAGGAUGCCCUUGGGCCAAACAGACUUGAGGAAGGAGUUUGGCACUGCUACAGUUUCUAGGGGUAUGAAUGAAUGAUGUGGUAGCAUUUGUCUCAGCUGCAGAGAUGUGACUAGAUUCACCACAGCUAAAUUGUCUGUCAGGAGCACACAGGCAACAGGAUAUUAUGAACCCUGAGAAAGAAAUGCAUCAAGUUUUUAUCACAUAUGAUGAAGAAAACCUGUAGUUUUCCCCAUUUUGUUCCUCCCUUUACAUCUAUUUGAAGGAGGAUGUUGGCCUUGACAGCCCUUCCUGCAGUGUCCCAAAAUGCAGGGGGACAAGCCAGGAGAGGAGGAUGGGCAGAGCCAUCUCGUAGCUGUGCUCCUUUUUAUUCUCCUUUUUGGAAGAGUUACUCAUGCAGGAAAGAUCUUGCUUGUACAGUCAGAACACAACCCGUGUAGACCUGCCUGGGUCUGCACAGAGUCCAAGACAGUAGCUCUGAGCUCAUUUCAAGGGAUGCUAACGUUGCUGUGAGAGAUAACACUGCAAAUGUUGAUGCUGUUAACUAUUUCACUGCACACCUGAGCAUGUAUGAAUGUGUGAUCUGAUGCUACUCUGAAGCUCUUUAACAUCCACUAUUGAAUAGACGUAAUUCCUUAAAAUAAAAAUAUAAGGACGUGUUUUCAAAUACAAUUUAAUUUCAUUAUGAGUCUACAUGGUGUAGAUCAUUACAAAAACACCCCCCGCUGGGGGUCUGCAAGGGAGAGAGGUUAGCUGGUUACAUCUUCCUGAAGAAAGGGACUCGGGUAUUUAAGGUUAGAAAGUGAGAUUGUGCCCCAUUAGAGGCAGUGUGCCAUAGGCACAGCCAAGCAGCACAUGGACUUUUCAGCUGCCUGAGUCCAGCACUGCCAUCCCAGAGCUGCUUCUAGGGCUGGUGUAGGCAGUUGUCACUGCUGCUGUCUUGGGUGCCUAAGCCGAGGGUCCAGCUGGUUGCUCUCUCUUCACUGACAGCAGAGUAUACCCUUCCCUAGAUCAUCCCUCGGGCACUGAUGACGAUAGCACACCUGGAAAGCUGGUUUCUGUGUUUGCUCGAGCUCCAGCAUAGACAUCAUCAGUAUUUCCAAGCCCCCAAAACAAACCUCAGCUUCCUUUUUCACCCUGACAGAGAAAUCAGAAUGUGGCCUUCAUGCAGAUCCUAUGUCAUAGCAGAAGUCACAGGAAACAGCACAAUAAACCUUCCACCCUCUUCUAUGGUGGUGGAUGCAGACAUCAGCUAAGGAUAGGCCAGGCCUCACCCCAAGUGGGCCUGUUCCCCUUCCAUGGCCACAAAGGCUCAGUGGAAGGUUGAGCCAUGACUGCAGAUAUUGCAGACAUCUAAAACUGAUGAGAGGAGGCACACAGCACAGCGACUAUGUGUGCAAACAAGAGCCAAAGGGCUUUUGUAUAUGCAAGGGAAUGAUACAUACACUGUGUCAUGAGGUGUGAGGGUAGUAGAGACACCUAUGUCGCGAGGGGUGACAGAUACAUAAGGUCACAGAUGUGAUGAGUGAUGGAUAUCCCAUCUCAUAAGGUGGUAAUGGAGACACCAUCUCAAGAGUGUGAGGCAGUGAUGGGAUACAUCGUGGUUCAUGAGGUCUGAUGGUCAACACUGUGUCGCAAGUGAUGGUACGUCGUGCUGCUAGUGGAUACACUACAUUGCAAGUGUUGUGGAUAAAGCAUGUUGCACGUAUGAGACAUGAAUAUAUCAUGUCACAAGAAUGAGAUGUUGUGGGAGGCACCAUUUUGUGAGCCUGGGAGAUGGUGUGUUUUGGAUGAUCAUGUCAUGACUGUGAAGAAUAACAGGUAAACAGGGUUGUGAGUGGGAGGCAUGAUGGGUUGCACAGUGUUGUGUGUUGGGGUGAUGUGAUACACUGGCAUUUUGCAUCUGAGGGACAGUGGAAUUCACUAUUCCACCAGUAUAAGGCAGUGAUGGGAUAUGCUAUGUUGUUAAUAUGAAAAGUGAAGAGCUACACCAUGUCAUGACUGUCAUGGCCAUGUUGUGCAUGUGGGGGAUGAUGGGACACACCCUGUAUCGAGUGUUUUGAAUGCUGGGAUACACCAUGUUGCUAGUGUGAGCAAUGCUGGGAUACACUGGGCUGUGCACAUAGACGUGAGUUGGGUAUACCAUGUUACAAGUGUGAGAGAUGAUGAGAUAUACAUUACUAGUGUAGGAGGUGAGAUAAACGUGUUUUGUGUGAAGCAGUGAUGGCAUCCACUGUGUUACAAAAUAACAGAAUAAUGCCUUUUAUUUAAGAAUAAUCACAUUCCUUAAGUCUGUGAGGUGAUGGGAAACAGCAGAGGCCAAGGGUAAGGAGCAACGGGAUACCCCAGGAUUGUGACACAGGGUGUUGGGAUGAUCAGCUACACCGUGCCCCAAGCGGGAGGGAUGAUGUGAUAUGCUGUGUAGCACGUGUGAGGUCUGAUGGGAACCCUUGUACCAUGAGGGGAAGGCUGUGACUGGACAUAGCAUUUAAUAGCUGUGAAGUGUCGUGGGCAACACUAUGCCAUGGGUGUGAGGGCAAAUGUAAUACACUGCAUAAAAGCAUGUGGGGUAAUGACAGACACCGUGUGCCAAGCGCAUUGCACACUUGUCUCGGGGCAUGAGGCUGAUGGGCAACUGUGUCUCAUGGUUGUGAUGGGGCAACAGGCUAUGCUGUGCCAUGCGGAUGAGAGGUGACAGGGAGACAUCUUCUUACAAGCUUCAAUGGAAACUCUGUGUCAGAAAUGCAGGGGGUGAUAAGGAUAAACGAUGUCGCUCGUGUGGGAGAUGAGUGGAUACACCAUGUGACUAGUGUAGGGAGGAGAUGAGAUGCACUGUGUUACUAGUGUGGACCAGGGGAUAGGACACACCAUGUCUGUGUGACGGAGAAGCAAUGGGCUACAUUACGUCAAUAGAAUGGGGAGAUCAUGGGUAUGCUGCACCAAGUGUGGGGAGUGACUUCAGUCAGUGGGGGGAUACCCCAGUGUCAGGUGUGGGGAGGAGGUAGGAUACACCUUAUCACAAGUGCAGAGGGGGGGAUACAUCGUGUCACUAGGGUGGCUGGUAAUGGGGUACACCAUGCUGCAGGUAUGGAGAGUUGAGGGGACACACCAUGUCACUGGUGUGAGGAGGUGAAAAUGUGCACUGCAUCAGCAGUGUGAGGAGGUGAUGGGACACAUGGUGUCACUAGUGUGGUGACAUGAGGGAAUACACUGUUACAAUGGAGAGGAGACACCCAGGACUGAGCUUGUGCCCACCAGUGCCAGCACCCAGUAGAGCCAAGCAGUGUCACUGUAUUGGUAGGACGGUUCAGGGUACAAGUUGCCUCAUCAAACCUACAUGACCACUUCUGGACCAAAGGAUUCCCACUGCCAGGCUGGUGGGUGUCCAGGAGAGCCCCAGCCCCAUGCCUACUGUCUGCCACCAGGUCUGCCCUCACUGGGCUGGCCCCGUGUGGUCAGUGUGCCCAGGGACAGUCCUGGAGAGCAUCCUUCUGUGGGGAGCACCUCUUGGCUGCCACUCAGCCCUCUUUGAUAGCUGUGUGGAUGCUCAAAUGAGCAUUGAGGACCUCCUACCCCAGGUGAGAACAAGUUCUCCAGCGAAGUGAUGACCCAGCUUGGCAACAUUUUGUGGCCAGGCAUUUUAAUUCAUGCUUAGCCUUCUGCCAGCCUGAGAACCCCUUUUCUGGCUCUGUGCCCCUUCAUCUCUGCUCCCUGCGUGCGCAGGCCCUGUGUCAGGGCUGCUGCUUUGCAGGAUGAUGCUCCAUGCUCUGGUCACAUCGUCUCCAUUCUGGCAAGGACCAGGGGCUCCACUGUAGCCCGGCUCACUGACAUGGGCGCAUGGGGGCACCUCCUCCGAGCACAGACAUGGCAGUGGGCUCAGAAACCAACUGGGAAAGCUGCUCUUCAGCCAGGGAUGGACCAGCAACCCCAAAGAGGAGGCGCGAGCUGGGGCUGGGGCUGGGGUCAGGAGGAGAGCACCAAGGGGUGCUCCCCAGCACCAAGGGGAGCAGUGGGUCAGCCCAGCACCAGGCCCCAGGCAGCACAAACAGCAGCAUCCCUGAGGACCACGUGCAGCGCCACGGGAAACACUGCUGGGCAUCGACAGCUGGCAACCGCCAGAGAGGUGCUCUGGAUGCUUCCCGGCCGGCACUGAACUCUCAAUAGACCACGAAAGCCAUAUUUGUACUGAGCUCUGAACACGCCGAGGGGUGGGCAGCGGGGCAGGGCAGAGGACGGUCUGUGUUGUUGUGCUGUGUUCUUGUAUGUACAUAAAGGGAGACAACGAACGUCGAUGUUACUUUAUAACCUUUCUAAUAUCCUGUGCUAAUCUCGGAAAAAUAAUCCUAUAAAUAUAUCUGGAUUACACACA